GCUCUCUCUCUGUGUUGGCUCGACAUGCAAAGAACACGAGGAAAGCGAGUCUGAGGUGAUGGUUUGGAGAUGUUUGAAAGUGAGACGUUGUGUUGAGUGUUGUGACUGGAUAUCAGGUCUGUUCAUAGGAUAGGCCUUUGCUGUUUGUCUUACAUGCUUAUCUGAGAACUUUUGAGGAGUGCCAAAGUUUUUUUCCCACUGGUGAAGCAGCCAUGUAUUAUCUUCUCUUUGUGGGACUCGUGCUACUUUGGAGUUCACAGUUUCAGGCCACCCCUAACCGCUGCGACACCCCUCACACCAUCCUGCACAUGACCCCCUGCACGUCCUGUGCUGCGACACCUGCUGUCAUCUGCCCGAGAGGCUUCAGGAAGACCUCAAAGAACGAAGGGAACCCCGGCUGCAGUUAUGUCGUGGAGCUCGGGAACCGUCAGGUGGAGCUUUCAGGGUGCUCGCACACCUGUGAGAAGGUGGCCACUGAGCAGAAAUGCUGUCCGGACUUCUGGGGUCCCUUGUGCUUGCCUUGUCCCACGUGGUCAGGAAAGACAUGUAAUGGUUAUGGUACAUGUGUAUCCGGAGACUCAGGAAACGGCACCUGUGUUUGUCAGGAGGGAUAUACAGGUUUCGCCUGUCAGGAGUGUUCGAAUAAGAACGCUUAUGGAGAUCACUGCAGCUCAGAGUGCAACUGCGUGAAUGGAAAGUGUAAUUCGGGACCAGACGGUAACGGAGAAUGUUACUGUCAACCUCCAUACUCAGGACCAAUAUGCGAUAAAGUGUCUGAGUCUUGUUCAAGCUGUCCGGCAUACUCGUAUUGUAAAGGAGACGAGAGAAAUGCCAUGUGUCAAUGUCUGCCUUGGUAUAAGAUGAUUGGAAAAGUUUGUACAGGUGUGUGCGCACCAGGCAUUUGCGAUGCGAACGCAAAAUGUUUAUUCAAAAGUGGAAAGUUUCUGUGCACGUGUGAACAGGGAUUCGUGGGUGAUGGGAAACACUGCGUUCCCAUCAACCCCUGUGACACUAACAAUGGAGGCUGUCAGAAAGAUUCCACCACCUGUGAAUACACGGGCCCGGGAAAGUCAAAAUGUGUGUGUUUACCCGGGACCGGGCCGUGGGAUGCAUUAACUGGCUGCUUACCGAAGUCGGCCUGCACCCCGAGUUCGUGCCAUAGCAGCGCCACCUGCGAGACGAGCUCAGACGGCACGCCCAGAUGCAUUUGCAACGCUCAGCAGAUUGGCGAUGGCAGACGUUGCUAUGGUAACCUCAUGGAAAGGGUUCUGGAGCUGGACAGAGAGGGCAGUGAUGCGGGGAAUCUCACUGGAAGUGUUCGACUGCUCGAGCAAGGGUGUGAGUUUACAUUGAGUCAACAUGGCCCAUUCACACUCUUCAUUCCACUGGGAUCCAAUCCGUUCCAAACAGUUCUAGGAAAAUCCACGGCCAGCAUGAAUGAGGUUUGUAAACAUCACCUCAUUCUCGGACAGAGGCUUUAUAAAGAUUUAGAGGGGAACGAUCUGUGGACGUACAGAGGGGAAAAGAUCCGAUUCAAAACCAACAAGCAAUUCAUCAUGAUGAGAGAUCCUGAUGUGUUGUUCACCAUUCUCAUGAGUGACAUCCCAGCAUCCAAUGGUAUCAUUCACAUCAUCGACAAGCCGUUCACUCUCGCUCAUAUGGAAUCUUCUGAUAACAACAUUGAGUUCUCCUCAAAGACCAUCGGGGAGAUUUUCAGAGAAGAUGAGAGAUUCAAUCGAUUCCUGUCUCUGGUUGACAAUUGUGGAACGCAGCUGCCCGUGAGGGGUUUGGGUCCGCUGACAGUGUUUGUGCCGACCAAUAAGGCCAUUGACAGAUUCAGGGAUGGAAGCAUCAUAUACAUGCUGAGUGACGCCAAACCAAAACUUCAGAUGCUUUUAAAGCAUCACAUGUUCUCUCUGGCCGCUGUUACUGUGGAUCAGUUGGCCAGUAUGUCCGAGAUCACCACUAUGGCCAACGAGAUCUUAACAAUCAACGUUUCUGGAGAUGGAAGAGUGUUUCUGAGCGAUAAAGGAAUACCUCUGGAAGCCAAAGACAUUGUUGCAAGCAAUGGAAUCAUUCACCUCAUAGAUGGAGUUCUUGUCCCGUCCUCUAUAGUUCCCAUAAUGCCCCAUCGAUGUGAUGUCAACGAGAGCAAGAUCAUCAUGGGUCCGUGUGUUAGGUGUAGCUAUCUCUAUGAGACGCACUGUCCACCUGGAAGUGUUGAGCUGGAAAAUCAUCUAAGAGGUUGUGAACUAGAUCCGGACCCUCGAUGGGCAGACUCAUUUGCAGAGUCGGGCUGUGCCAAAUACUGCAACUCUACACAGAAGAGAGCCGAGUGCUGCAGUGGUUUUUAUGGGCCUGACUGUAAACCGUGUAUUGGAGGUUUUCAGAACCCGUGUUAUGACAAAGGGACAUGUUUUGAUGGAAUGGCAGGAAACGGCUCCUGUAAGUGUGAGCCGCAGUUUAAGGGCGUCGGCUGCCACAUCUGUGCAGACCCCAAAAAACAUGGAGACAAAUGUGAUGAAGAUUGUCGCUGUGUUCACGGCAACUGUGAUAACAGGCCAGGCAGCGUAGGGGUGUGCAGGAGAGGAUCCUGUGCGGAGGGAUAUUCGGGCGAACUUUGUGACCAGAUCGCCACCCCCUGCAAUUCAGACAGCGUCUUCGAGUACUGCCACAUCCACGGCAAAUGUGUCUAUCGCAACGAUCAAACCAUGUGUGUUUGUCAGCCUGGAUAUGAAGGGGACGGAUACACCUGUACCGAAGCCAAUCUGUGUUUGAAACCUGACAGAGGCGGCUGCCACCCAAAUGCGGGGUGUAUGUAUGAAGGAGGAAAGGUGAAUUGUGUGUGUACGGAGGGAUGGACAGGUGAUGGAAUAUUGUGUGUGGAGAUCAAUAACUGCCAACUGAAGAAUCUCAGUGGUUGUCAUGAACAUGCGGACUGUACGGCCACCGGGCCGGGACAGAAUGAAUGUAGCUGCAAGAAAGGUUACAUGGGUGACGGCGUCGUCUGUAAAAUUUUCAACCCCUGUCUGACAGAUAAUGGAGGAUGCCACUCUCAGGCAAGCUGUACAUUGAAUAUUGAUGGAACGCACAGGUGCACGUGCCCAAGUGAAUUAGAAGGUGACGGAGUAAGGUGUUACGGCAACAUGCUAACGGAACUAGAUGGAAACUCAGAAUUUUACAACUUUAAUCGCUUUCUUCAAAGGCAUUUCGUGAUCAACAGUGACAGCAGGGUUACGGCUUUAGUUCCCACCCUAACUGCUUUCAGAAACCUCAGCAAAUCCGAAGAGGACUUUUGGUAUACAUAUUACAGACUUCCUCAUCUCCUACGAGUUCACUUUUUAGAUGGAAUCUACACCUCCGAAGAUCUCAAGCAGCAAGUUGGUAAAACAGUCCCUACGAUGGGCAAAACGAAAUGGGGGGUUCAAAGCAAAGGAAAGGAGCUCAUGAUUGGCGAUGCCACAAUCGUCGUUCCAGACCUGAAGACAAUAAAUGGUUGCAUUCACAUCAUUGACAUGGUCCUUCGACCUCCUCUUUCUGAUAUUCCUCCACCUCCCCCCACUUUAAUGGAGGUUUUGAAUAACACACAAGAAUUCAGUCUUUUCUAUCAGGCGGCACUGCUAUACAACUUGGAAAGAAGUAUCCCGACUAACGAUUUCACCAUCUUCAUCCCAAACGAUAGUGCCAUACGGGACUACCUGAAUAAAACAAACUCUACACAGCUGAGCUUAGACAUUGUGAAAUAUCACGUUGUUAUUAGCGAGCAUCUCUUACCUCAUCACUUGGGCGAUGGAAUCUUUAAAACCACAUUUUUGAACAACGGCACUCAAAUCAUGUUUUACGUCGACACCGACAAUCAGACCAUGGCAAAUGACGUUCCCUUGAACGGAACUUUCAUCGAGAUGAGACGAGGCAGCUUGUUCGGGAUCCCACGUGUCUUAGACAUUCACAAGAACCUCUGCAGUAAAGACGUGCUUUUAAAAGUUUCUGGUCGCUGUGGAGAUUGUGAAGCUGCACCUACAUGCCUUUCUAAUGCCAAACCAAUACAGCCUAAGUUCCCUCAAAACAUGAAGUCUAAUUGUAGAUUCCGUAAACGAGUCAAAAAAAAGUCAAAGUAUGUGCCGGGCUGCAGUGUGAAUUGUUUGAAAACAACAAAGGACCACUCUUGUUGUCCUGGAUACUUCGGGCACAAUUGCUUCAAAUGUCCUGGGACUGUGGGUAACUGGUGCUCCAACAACGGCCAGUGUAAGGACGGUCUGUACGGAAGCGGGGAGUGUCUUUGUAAUGAGGGAUUUCACGGGACCGCCUGCGAGAUGUGUGAACCCGGGAGAUACAGUCAAGACUGCAAGUCAGUAUGUCAUUGUGAACAUGGCAUGUGUUUGGAUGGAAUGGAGGGAUCCGGUCGGUGCGUUUGUUUCAAAGGAUGGAAGGGAGUGAAUUGUUCUGUUGAGGUAGUUAAUGAUGUCUGCGGUGGAGUUUGUGAUGUCAAUGCCAACUGUAUCUCUGGAGGUACAGGAGCUCCUCCCGUUUGUACAUGCACGGCUGGUUAUGAAGGCAAUGGGACAAUCUGCAAAGAAAUUAACCCAUGCGCCACAUACAAUGGAGGAUGUUCAGAAAACGCAGACUGUGAGAAGACGCUGCCCGGAGAAAGAAACUGCAAAUGUAGAAGUGGCUACAUGGGCGAUGGCGUUGUGUGUCUCGAAAUCGAUCCCUGUUUAGUGGACAAUGGAGGAUGUGACAUAAAUGCUUUGUGCUUAAAAACAGGACCUCACAGGGUCGCGUGCACAUGCAGGUCAGGUUUCACAUCCAUAGGUCAUAGAUGUCUGGCACUUAAUCCAUGUCGGCAGAAUAACGGUGGCUGCAGUUCUAAUGCUAUCUGCAAAAACAUCGGAAACGGGGAGCGCAAUUGUUCCUGCUAUUUUGGAUACAAAGGAGAUGGUUUACAGUGUGCAGGGACUGUCAGUAGAGAGUUUCUUCGUAAACCCGAGGCUGCUUGGUUUCGAAGAAAUUUAGGGGUGUUGGGUCUGCGAGAUUUGUUGAGUUCUGGGCCGUUUACAGUGUUUGUACCUCACACUGAUUAUGUUGUUAACCUUACGGUUGAGGCGUGGCUGAAUAAAAGUUUCACUCCAGACCUGUUGAGGAAUCACAUCGUUGGUUGUGAAGAACUUCGAGAAUCAGACCUGAGGUCUGUUAAGGAGGUUAUGUCCAGUAGCGGACAUAAAUUACGCUUCAGCGUUAAAGAUGGUGUUGUGCAUAUCAACGACUAUGCAAAGAUCAUCACCAGCGAUUACGAGUGUAUCAAUGGAGUCAUACAUUUCAUAGACAAAGUCAUCUUUCCAUACGAACUGCCGGUGAACAGGCCGGAGAAACGCAUUGAUUUGAACGUUACUGCCGCUGCAGAGCAGUACGGCUUCAAAAUCUUCAGCAAGCUUCUUAAGGAUGCUGACAUGAUGCACUUGGUGCUACAUAAACCCUUUUACCCUUUCACCAUGUUCUGGCCAACCGACGACGUUUUCAACAAUCUCCCCGAAGCGAGAAAGACGUGGUUAUACACAGAGGAGCAUCGCGACAAACUGCAAGCCUACCUCAAAUCUCACAUAGUGCGUGACCAGAAGACCAUCGCUCUUGCUCUUCCUUCCGAGAAGAAAGUGACAACAUUGUUUGGAACAGAGAUCACCUUCAGCUGCAACAAAGACUCAAUUGGUGAUAUUUUAAUUGGUGGAAACAAUGCCAGAAUUGUAUCUCGAAACAUGCAGUUUGAAUCAGGAAUCGCUCAUGGGAUUGACCAGCUUCUGGAACCGCCGAGCAUUGGUGCACGCUGUGAUGACUUUGCCAGUACAGAGACAAAGGGAAUAUGCAGUUCUUGCGCUUUUCCGGUCCAAUGUCCUCUCGGAACUGAAGACACAAACAAAACUAACAUCUGUAGACGAUCAUACUCGCCUUACUUGAGUCGGCGGCCAUUUUCCUCUGGUUACUAUCGUUAUCCUGGUCUGUACUCGUACGGUUACGGGCACAAUUCUUUCAGUUCUACGAUCGGCUGUAACCGAGUCUGCACAAAAAUGGCGUGGACUUUUAAGUGCUGCAAAAACCACUAUGGUAAAGAUUGUCAAGUUUGUCCCGGUGGUCUGGAGGCUCCGUGCGGAGAACAUGCCAAGUGUGAUGACGGAUUUGAUGGAUCCGGACGGUGUAAAUGUCACCCAGGAUUUACAGGCACGGCCUGUGAGCUGUGCGAGAAGAAUCACUUUGGACCCAACUGCACAGCGUGUAAUUGUACCAAAAAAGGCAAAUGCGAUGAGGGCCUGGACGGCAACGGCAGCUGCUUUUGUCUUGAGGGAUGGGCGGGCACGUUCUGCGAAACAGUGAUUGAAGUCAAGCCAAUAUGUUCUCCUUCAUGUGAUGUCAAUGCAGUCUGUAAUCCUGGAAAUCAGUGUGAAUGUGUGCCGCCCUAUGAAGGAAAUGGUGUCAACUGCACAGCUCCAGAUCUCUGCAUCAAGUAUAACGGAGGUUGUCACGAUCAGGCAGAUUGCCUACAAACCGGGAUCAACAUCACUUGUUCUUGUGUUACGGGCUAUUCCGGAGAUGGGUACGAUUGUUCGCCCAUCAACCCCUGCCUGGAAGAGGCUAACGGAGGCUGCAGCGAUUUUGCGAUAUGCAUUUUUAAUAGACCUAAUAAGAGGAGUUGCCAGUGUCUCCAGGGGUACGUUGGAAACGGGAUCCAGUGUUUGGAGAAGGUUGUGCCUCCUGUUGACCGCUGUUUGGAGGACAACGGAGGUUGCGACCCCAAAGCUUCUUGCAAAGACCUUCAUUUCCACACAAAAACAGCCGGCGUUUUCCAUCUGCGACCGUCCGAGGGGAAAUACAAAUUAAACUUCAGCAAAGCCCAAGAAGCUUGUGGAAAAGAGGGCGCAGAGCUAGCAACCACCUCCGAACUGUCCGACGCGCAACAGCUUGGAAUGCACAUGUGUGUGGCGGGAUGGAUGGCGGGACGGAAAGUGGGCUAUCCGAUCCGGUUCCCUUCUGCCAAAUGCGGAGACAACCACGUGGGCAUCGUGCUGUACAAAGAGCCAGUCAAUGUCAGUUGGACCUAUGAUGCUUAUUGCUACAGGAUGAGAGAGGUGGCUUGUGAAUGUGGACCAGGGUAUGUUGGCAACGGGGAAUUCUGUAAUGGGGAUUUGGCUUCUGUUGUUGCCACCACUUCCAACUUUUCUGCGUUUUACAGUACUUUACUUAGAUACGCAGAGGACACUGAGGAGGGGAAGAAACUCCUGAACCUCUUGUCAGAUGUCCAGGCAAACAUUACUCUCUUUGUACCUCACAAUGAUGGUUUCACUGCAAACUGGACGUUGUCUUGGAGGGAUUUGCAGUAUCACGUUUCAGCAAUUAAUAAUGUUCAUUACUUUGAAGACUUUGUUAACGACACAGUAAUCCCAUCUCGUCUGGGCUCAGACCUCGUCGUAAUGAUUCCUUCAAACUCUACCAGCCAGUCUCAGAAACUGGUGAAUGAGGAGGUUAUAUUAGCUUGGAACAUUCCAGCCAUCAAUGGACUGAUCCAUGUCAUUGGAAGUCCGUUUAGAGCGCCCCCUGUUCAUGUGGCGCCAGUUCUUCCCGUCACACAGUCCAGCAGUGUGGCAGUGACCACUGUUCUCAUUAUUCUUGUUAUCAUUGUUCUUGUUGCUGGACUUGCGUACUACGUUUUUAAACAUAAGAACGAUGCAUUCCGAUUCCAGUAUUUCAAGAAUGAAGAUGAAGAUGGUUCUUCCACAAAAGGCAGUGGAAACCCAGCUCUGGUUUCCAUUCCUAAUCCUUGUUAUAGUGGAUACAGGGCAUUUGCAGAACCAUUCGGGGACUCCGCUCCUACAGACACACCCAACCCUAUGGAGUAGCACAAAAGGAGCUAAACUCAUGUGUCACCUGCAGUCAGCAACUGCCAAAGAGAAGAGAACCUGGCCAAAUAAAGUGGACUCAACAACCCUGCGUAUUCUUAAAUCUAGCAAUGAAGGACUUGCUCAACACAUUCCAGAAAGCCUGCGAUGGUGCUUUUUUAUUGUUUAAUAAAAAUAGAUGGAUUUUUA